AUGGCCGGCCUCCAAACGACCCCAAUGGCCCUCCACCGCCACCUCUGCCGCUCCUCCCUCCCCACCUCCGCCCUCACUCUCCGAGCCCUCUCCACCACCCCCUCCCGCCCCAAAGAUCGCUACACCCAAGACAUCGCCAUAACCCGCACCGGCAAACCCAUCAUCCGCAUCCCCGGCGGCCGCAGCGGGUUGGGCGGACACACCGCGACCGUCUUCGGCGCCACAGGCUUCCUAGGCCGGUACAUCGUCAACCGUCUCGCGCGAUCCGGAAAUACAGUCGUCGUGCCGUACCGGGAGGAAAUGGCGAAGCGCCACCUCAAAGUCGCCGGGGACCUGGGACGUGUGGUGUUCAUGGAGAUGGAUCUGCGCAACACCGCGAGUAUUGAAGAAAGCGUACGGCACUCCGACAUCGUCUUCAACCUCAUCGGACGGGACUACCCGACCAAGAACUUCGAUCUGGAGAGCGUACACGUCGAAGGCACGAAGCGGAUCGCUGACGCCGUGGCCAAAUACGACGUCGACCGAUUCAUCCAAGUCUCCUCGCACAGCGUGCACCCGGAGUCGCCCGCCGAGUUCUUCCGCACGAAAUGGCAGGGCGAGCAAGUCGCGCGCGACAUCUUCCCGGAAACCACGCUCGUGCGCCCGGCGCCCAUGUUCGGCUUCGAAGACCGCCUGCUGCACCGUCUCGCGUCCGCUGCGAAUGUCUUCACCAGCAACCACAUGCGCGAGCGCUUCUGGCCCGUCCACGUGAUCGACGUCGGCGCAGCCCUCGAGCGGAUCGGUCAAGACGACAGCACGGCCGGGCAGACGUUCGAGCUCUACGGGCCGAAGAACUACAGCAUGAAGGAGAUCUCCGAGCUCGUGGACCGGGAGAUUCUCAAGGAGCGACGGCACGUCAAUGUGCCGCGGCGGGUGUUGGGGCCGACGAUGGAGCUGCUGAAUAAGGUGCUCUGGUGGCCCGUGGGCUGUAAAGACCAGGUGGAGCGGGAGUUCAUGGAUCAGUUUAUUGAUAAGAACGCGAAGACGUUUGCGGAUCUGGAUAUGGAGGCGGGGGAUGUUGCGAAUUUCACUUAUAAGUAUUUGCAAGGAUACCGCAGCUCGUCAUACUACGACCUGCCGCCCAUGACGGAGAAGGAGAAGCGGGAGGAGAAGAAGUACCUGCACGUGCUAGACGACCAAUAG